UUUUCUAUUUAAAUAAAUUCCUAUAUAUAUAUAGUGAGCAUCUAGGUGAUGAUGAAACUCAUACUCAUAAGAUCAGAGAGCACACUGCACGCAUGAUUACAUAUAAUAAUAAUAUAUAGAAAAGAAAGAAGAUGGACGCAAAAAAGAUGGCGGUGGCGGCGGCGGCGGCCGUCGAAAAGGAUGAAGAUGAAGAAGUCAUACUGCCGGGGUUUCGGUUUCAUCCCACCGACGAGGAGCUCGUCGGAUUUUACCUACGACGGAGAGUGGAGAACAAGAGAAUCAGUAUCGAACUCAUCAAACAAGUCGACAUUUACAAACAUGAUCCCUGGGAUCUCCCAAAGAUUGGGACUCAUGUUGGUGACAAGGAAUGGUAUUUCUUCUGCAUCAGAGGGAGGAAGUACAGGAACAGUGUGAGACCUAACCGGGUCACCGGAUCCGGGUUUUGGAAGGCCACCGGGAUAGACAAGCCGGUUUAUUCCACCGCCGGCGAAACCCACCUCUGCAUCGGCCUCAAGAAAUCCUUGGUUUACUAUAGGGGCAGUGCCGGAAAAGGAACCAAAACCGAUUGGAUGAUGCAUGAGUUUCGCCUCCCUCCCAGACCGGCUGACAAGAACAAUAACAUCUGUCAAGAAGCUGAGGUUUGGACAUUGUGUCGAAUCUUCAAGAGGACAACAAAUUACAAGAGAUGCAUGCCAGAUUGGAGGCAGCAAACAAGCAGACAGAGCACGAUUGUGGACAAUAAUAAUGCAAGCUCCAAAACCUGCGGUUUCGACUCCAAAAACGUCGUGAAUCUGAAAGACAUGUCAAUAAUGCAGGUGACCAAGAAUGAAGCAGCAAUGGCGGCGGCAUCAGCCCAGAAGGAGCAAAGAAACCAAUUCUACGUAGCAAAUGAUCAGAUUUCCAUGGCGCUCUCCUCGUACUCAUCCUCGUCGACCAACACCACAACAUUCUGGAACUCUCCGAAACUACUAGAUAACCAUCACUUCUUCAUCGGAGAGAAUCCACAUUGGGAUGAGCUGAAAUCGGUUGUGGAUUUAGCCACUGACCCUCAAAGCUUCUGUUACAGCCAUACGUAGGAACUGAGAGAAGACGAGGGGAGGUUGAAUGCUUUGAGUGGGAUUAAUACCUAGUUGAGUCGAGCUUUAUACUGACUAUACUGAACAAAUUUAAUUAGUCCUAGCUCCCUCUCUUCUAAAAUGUUUUUUUUUUUUUAAUUUAAUUAGGGCUGACAUCUAUAUACAUAUUUGUGUAAUAAAAAUACUAAGUAUGUAGUGGUUCUCUUAUAGAUUGAUGAUAUUCCAUCUCAAUCUAUGGUAGAGUGACAUCAUGUCAUGAUCUUAUUUAUGAAUAAUAUAUAGGAUGAUAGAUCAAAUAUUUUAGUUCUCUUGUAUA